CCGACUGUCUUGAUCAAAGCAGUUCAUGUCAGUCUGCUCAGCCUCUCUUAAAAUAACUGGAAAUUUUGGCCUGUGAUUCAACACCGUAGUAUAUACUAAAGCUUUUGUGUAAGUGAUGUUACAAUGUGGCCUGAUAAAAAACUAUCAUCCCAGCAACAGACUCACAGUUUGUUGACAGUCACAUGAUGCUCUCUUCUCAGAUGGCAGGAGGAAUCUUCACCAACUUGGGCAACCUGUGUAAUGUGGAUUGUGCUAAUGUCCACCCCCUGGUGUGUCACCUGUGCCGAGAGCAGUACCAGUCUCCAUGUUUAUUGGACUGCUACCACAUCUUCUGUGCCCGCUGCCUGCGAGGUCGGACCAAUGACAGCCACCUCAGCUGCCCCCUCUGUGGAUACCCAUCAGCAGUGAAAGGUAAUAACGCCCUUCCACCAGAGGACCGUCUGCUGAAGUUCCUUGUGGACAACAAUGCAGAUACUGAGGAGAUAGUGCAGUGUGCCAACUGUGACCAGGAAAGUAACAAAAAGGACACAGGGUUGAUGUACUACUGUAACACUUGCAACCAGCCGCUAUGCGCUGCCUGCAGGGAACUGACACACAAGGCCAGAAUGUUUUCCCACCAUGAGAUUGUGUCUCUGGCCAAACGCACCAAAGCCAAACACAGGAAAUGCCCUCUCCACGAGGAGCCCUAUAUCCUUUUCUCGACAGAGAAUAAGUCUAUGCUCUGCAUCAAAUGCUUCAGAGACAUGCAAGUGGAAAGUCGGACUCAUUGCAUUGAUAUUGAAACAGCUUACUCCCAGGGCUGUGAGAUGCUGGACCAGGCGGUGCUGGUGGUUAAGGAGUUGCAAACUUCAACCGGAGAGGCGAUCCUUCUGCUGAGAGCGAUGAUCGGAGAAGUUUGUCUCAAUGUGGAGGAAGAAGAGAGUGCAAUCUGUAGUCUGUUCAACAGUUUGCAGGAAAAACUAGCAGAGAGGAAGAAGAUUCUGCUGAAAGCAGCUCAGAGUCAACAUGAAGAGAAGGAGAAAGCACUAAAGGAACAGCUGUCACACCUUACUGCCCUCCUACCAACCCUGCAGGUCCACCUUGUCACCUGCUCGGCCUUCCUCAGCUCAGCCAACAAGUUUGAGUUUUUGGAUAUGGGUUAUCAACUCAUGGAGAGGCUGAAGAGGAUUGUAAAGCUCCCUCAUCGACUGAGACCAGUGCAGAGCAGCAAAAUCAAUACAGAGUAUAGAAGUGAGUUUGCCCAUUGCCUGGAGCCUCUGCUGUUGAUUGGACAGCGCUGCCCUCCUUGUGUCGCCGGUUCCACAAGUGUGGCAACAAGACUGCAGUCCCCUCUCUCUAUAUCUUGUCGCUCCCCAUCUCUCAGCGAGAUGCCUCUGGGUUCGGUGUACGGGCGACGGCCCACAUCUCACCGCAACAUCUGCACCAAGGUCCUACUGGCCGAGGGCAGGGAAACACCCUUCACCGAGCACUGCCGCAACUAUGAGAACACCUACAGGACUCUGCAAACAGAGAUUCAAAAUCUGAAGGACCAGGUCCAGGAGCUGCACAGAGAUCUGACCAAACACCACUCCAUCAUCAACACAGAUAAAAUGGGAGAGAUCCUGGACAGAUCACUGCACAUCGACAGUCAGAUAACUUCCCAGUACUCCACUGUGGAAACUAUGAGAGUCAUGUUUGAAGAGAUCUGGGAUGAGACUUUUCAGAGGGUCACAAACGAGCAGGAGAUCUAUGAAGCGCAGCUUCAUGACCUGAUGCAGCUGAAACAGGAGAACACUUACCUGACCACGAUCGCCAGACAGAUCGGCCCCUACAUCCUGUCUAUUGCCAAAGUCAAAGAGAGACUUGAGCCCAGGCUUCAGGAGACGAAAGAGCACCUCGAUGACCGCACAGAAACAAUGUUGAAAAUCUAUGAAGACGGCACACUAGCAAAGGAAAGUCGAGACAGCACCGCAAUAUGCCUUAAUUCAGCUAUAACAAGCCCGACGUGGUCAGCGACUUCCUCGGCUGUCCACAUACAUUACAUAACAUCUCCCCAGCAGCAGGGAGAUGUCAACAGUUCCGAGGUGAGCCUUUGGAUUGACACUAGAUGGAGGCCAAAGACUCGCAGCUGUCAGCGCCUGAUGUGGACAACCUCCUUGUUCAAAGUGGACAACAAAAACAGCAUCUUAAAGAGUUGCUUUGGUGUUAUUUAAACCGCCUUGACGGGAGACCAGGGUGAAUAAUAUGUGACUUCUGUAGAUUGCCUUUUGUGGUUCUGUUUGUGUUUUGGCUGUUAAAAUGAUAAGUAUGCUGAAGGUGUGAUUUAUCACUGUUUUUUGUUUUUUUUUUUUUUUUUUACAGUGCGUGUGGAAUUGCUUUUUCCCAGUAUCUAUUCUUUGCAUAAAACAUUUUUUGGGAGGCUGGAGGCUGAUGAUGGAUGACUGCCUGGGCCACAUUCCCCAGAAUAUUGUUGAACUGGUGUGACAGCACAGAUGGAACACAGCAAAUGCAAUGAUGUGUGUGUCAUUCACUGUGUCAGAGGAGGUCACAUGUUGAUGUGUGUCAUGUGUAUCAUCUCAUGCAUCAGUGUCCUCUAAAAUGAGCCAGUCUACUCCAGACUGGUGUCUGAAGUCAUUUUUUCCCCUGCAGUUUCUACAUCUACAUGUAAAAAGUGGGGAAAGCUGGGAUUGCAGAGGUGUGUGAAUGUCACUGGCCUUGCCUUAACCUCAGCCUCCUGCUAGGUUUUUUUUUUCACCACACUCCUCCUCAAUAUCCCAGCCGACCAAGGCACCAUACUGCUGUGUGAAAUAUAUUCCUCUUGGUCUGCCUCUUAACUUCAUCACACAUCGGUGUCAGCAGCACGCUUUCAGACGUGCUGCAGGAAAGCAGCAGGAAACUUUCCCCCUCUCCAGCUUCCACCUCUUGUUCUCUCUCUCUCCUGUAUAUUCUUCUUAAUUAAUCCUGUUGGUAUUUUAAACAGACCCUGUGUUUAAACACAGGACAUUGACACAUAAGGCAGGUUGAUCUGUUGGCGCUGCUAUAUAUCACCUGAAAAUCUGAAUUUUAAAUGAUUUCAGGAAAUAGGCUUUUUAGUCUGCCAAGAAACACAACGUGUUUGAGAAGCGUUGAGCUUCAUGCACAGGAGUAAUUCAAGGUGAAACCUCCCCACCUGCUACCAGCCCAGAAACUGGGAUCCUAUUCUCCCUACAGGUAAGGAUAAUAAUGAGCCAGACUGAUGGCUUCAGCAAACAGAGGAAGAAGGUUAUUUACAUUACACAGCCAGAGCUGAAGUGGGUUUGUUCAGAGCCACCACUUCACAGGAAAUAUUGGGGUCAUGCUGGCCUUAAGGAACAGUCCUGCUCUGCAGAGGAGUCAGAGGUGCAGAUUCAUUAAAAAUACAUUUGUGACAGCAGAGUAACAAAUGGCUGUGCCUGUGCUCUGGUCCUGUACUCCCUCCCCAUGGUCAUUCAUCAUCUGCACUCAUCGAACUACCAGGCUUAUGUUCACUGUUAAUUAUUUUCUCUCUCUCUGAGUCUCACUGUGUGAGAGAAGGGGGGAAUAAAACUCAGAAGGUAAUUUUACUCCAUCAAAAAAUGUAUUUUUGCAAGGCAUUAAUGGCAUGUUUAGAUGUAAAAUUCGAAGACUGAUUGCGCUUUGCUUCAUGCAUUUUACAGCAGGUACCAGAGUAGACGCUCAUUUUUUAAACUCUCAAAUCCUAGUCAUCUGGUAAUUGAAAAAAAAAACAUUAAAGAUAAAGGAGAAAGAUGAGAUAAAAUCAAAGUUUUAUGAUCUCCGUGGAAAAAUUGGGUCACAUUAUGACAACAAGAUGAAUACAAUUAGAGCAAAUAGAGCAGAUUAAGGAUAAAACCACAAAUGAUUCUAUAGUGAGGAUGGAAACAGUUGAAAGUCUUCAUUAUGCUGCAUAUACUUAUUUGAAUACCUAGCUCUAAUAAGCUACAAAGAUUUACCAGCUGAAGAUGGAUUUACGGGUUAAUUCAUUUUUAUGAAGUGUUAUAUAUGAAUCAUGGAUUAUAACUAUAAAGUCAUAUGAGUAUAUGGGUUUUCCACAAAGGAUUAACAAGCUAACUGCAUCUGUUGAACCAGAAUUUAUGUAUUCACAUUUAUUGAAUGUAUUUGGUUAAUUUGAUAGUAACACCAGGUCACAGGACAGUUUUAAAGGAAUAGUUUGUAAUUUUAGGAAAGGUUUUUACAGAGUUACAGGAGACCGAUGCCACUUUUAUGUCCGUCCUGUAAAAACUGAGCUCAAGCAAGCAGGUUUCUUACUUUACCUUUGCUGAGCCUGAUUGUCUAAAGAUGAUAAAGUCUGACACCCACCACCUCGGCACAUGCGACUUCCUUACAGUCACAACUCCUGGUAAAAACUUGGUUCUGCUUUGACUUUGUGGAAAAUAGUUUGACAAAAAUGACAUGAAGCAUGCUGCAGUGGUGUUUACUGGCUGAUUUUCUCACCUUCAGACCUAGUCAGGCUAGUUAUUUCCAGUUUUUAUGUAAAGCUACAAGCUAUUUAAAAUAAAUCAUGUCUUCCUAAAAGUUAAACUAUUCAUUUAUGGCAUCAUUAAUAACUGGUCUCAUGGAUUUUAUAGAGUUUUUGUAUCUGGAAAACAUAUUCCUUUUUAAUUUCAAACCCGUAGGCAAAAUCUUUUUGUUCAAGCCCAGAAAGUCUGAGGUGAAACUCAGGACAUGUAACUGACCUGUUGAAAUGUCCCUGUGGGUGAAAAGGGGAUUGAGAAUUUGGAUUUCAGAGUAUACAAGUACAUAAGAAAUAGGAAUAAGAGGUCACGUAUAGCCAGACAUUUUAUUUCUGCUGGAGGUACAGUGUGUGGUCUACAGUUCAAAGGUGUUGAGGCUGUUGGACAUCAUCCAGAGCACUUAAAUGAGAAUAUACUUUGUUAUACACACUGAUACUGAUCGGUUAGUGCAAUUUAAAAAAAAAAAGUAGAAUUAAAAGAAAAAUGAAAAUCUUACUGUUAUUUUUCUAUUAUUAUGUUUUUGAUGGAUGUAUAUGUGUUUGUAUGGAAGUUUUGUGGUAUGUGGCACUUAUUUAUGGACACAUCUCUAAUUUCUCCGCCAAGGAAGUUAUGUGACGAUCAGCGUUGGUUUGUCUGUCUGUCUUUCUGUUCGCAACAUUAUACAAAAAUGGACGAACAGAUUUAGAUGAAAUUUUCAGGGAAGGUCAGAAAUGACAAGGACCACUUCAUUAGAUUUUGGCAGUGAUGCAGCUUAUAGUCUGGAUCCACGGAUUUGCUAAAGAUUUCUGUAUCAUUGCGACAUAGCGGCACAGCAUCACUCUAACUAUGACAGCAAGUGAACACGACGUAAGCUGCCUUCUGACGAUCACAUGACUGCGAUCCUACUACAAAUCGACCACUGCAGACUUAUUGGGACUUAUCUGUCGGAAAUCAUACAAGGAGCAAUUUAUUAAAUUAUGGGGGUGUUUCUGAGUCCCAUCAAUUCCAGCUGCCCGCUUCAUAUUUAGGUAACGUAAUUUGGUAUCCGUACAUAACGUACACAUGCCUGUACUUAGCGCAAGAUCAUUUUGUUUGUGGGUGCAUCUAUAUUAAAUGACCACAUUCUAUGUUGCCAUGAUUUCUGAUCAUCAGUGACUAAGAAACAAAUGCUGCAUUUCUGACAAUACCCUAAUAAUGAACAGCCUUGGUGGAAUACUUGUUAGAGUGUAAUUUUGGUCACUUAAUGUGGCAUGAAGAAAAUAUGAGUGUUCUUGUCAUUAUUGAGUAUUUUCUAUUACUACUUUUGACUUUUCUACUUAUAUUUGGUUUUUCAUUGGAUGAUGUCCAUGUUGCUGAUCUCCUGCAGACUCCUGGUUACUGUUUCAUGAGGGUCACAUCAAUAAAUGUCUCUAUGAUUUUGUUUUUUCUGCUAUGAUGCAAUAAUAAAUGUGUUCCAGACUUA